UGCAGGCCAGGGCAAGAUCCAGGUGAAAAGAGCUUUCCAUCCCCAAUCUUUCAAGGCCUCUCAAAACCUCUCUGGCACCCAGAGAACAGUGUAUCCAGAGCUCAACCUGGAAGAGCACAGCCAUGGUGCUCUGGGUUCCAGUGCUGGGAGUUCUGCUGGUGGCCAUUGUGGGGUACCUGUGCGUGCUGGGGCUGCUUCGGCAACGCAGGCCCCAGGAGCCCCCUCUGGACAAGGGCUCCAUACCAUGGCUGGGCCAUGCUGUGGCCUUCCGGAAGAAUAUGUUUGAAUUCCUGAAGCACAUGCGGGCCAAGCACGGGGAUGUGUUCACGGUGCAGCUUGGGGGCCAGUACUUCACCUUUGUCAUGGACCCCCUCUCCUUUGGCCCUAUCCUCAAGGAUGCGCAGAGAAAAUUGGACUUUGUGGAGUAUGCGGAAAAAUUGGUGCUAAAGGUAUUUGGAUACCACUCAGUGCAGGGAGACCACCGGAUGAUACACUCAGCCAGCACCAAGCACCUCAUGGGGGAUGGCUUGGAGGAUCUCAACAAAGUCAUGCUGGACAGCCUGUCUUUGGUUAUACUGGGGCCCACGGGCCGGAGUCCAGAUGCCAGUUGCUGGCGUGAGGAUGGCCUCUUUCACUUCUGCUACGACAUCUUGUUCAAGGCUGGCUACCUGAGCUUGUUUGGCUACACAAAAGACAAGGAGCAAGACCUGCUACAGGCAGAGGAGUUAUUCAUCCAUUUCCGCAAGUUUGACUGCCUGUUCCCCAGGUUUGUUUACUCUCUGCUGUGGCCCCGGGAGUGGCUAGAAGUGGGCCGGCUCCAGCGUCUCUUUCAUAAGACACUCUCUGUGAAACACAACCUGGAGAAGGAUGGCAUAAGCAACUGGAUAUCCUACAUGCUUCAGUUUCUGAGAGAGCAGGAAGUGGCUCCGGCCAUGCAGGACAAGUUCAACUUCAUGAUGCUCUGGGCCUCCCAGGGGAACACAGGUCCUACCUCUUUCUGGGCCCUCCUGUUCCUCCUGAAGCACCCAGAAGCCAUGCGAGCUGUGAGGAAGGAGGCCACACGGGUCCUGGGGGAGGCCAGGCUGGAGGCCAGGCAGUCUUUCAACUUCAAGGUCAGUGCCCUGCACCACACCCCAGUGCUGGACAGUGUGAUGGAGGAGACGCUACGGCUGGGGGCUGCACCCACCCUUCUCAGGGUGGUACACGGUGACCAUACCCUGAAGAUGGCCAGUGGGCAGGAGUACCGGCUCCGCAGUGGAGACAUUGUGGCCCUCUUCCCUUACCUCUCAGUGCACAUGGACCCUGACAUCCACCCCGACCCCACUGCUUUCAAGUAUGAUCGCUUCCUCAACCCCAAUGGCAGCAGAAAAGUGGACUUCUACAAGGCAGGCAAGAAGAUCCACCACUAUACCAUGCCGUGGGGCUCAGGCGUCUCUAUCUGCCCUGGGAGGUUUUUGGCCCUCAGUGAAAUGAAGCUUUUUAUUCUUCUCAUGGUCACACACUUUGACCUGGAGCUGGUGGACCCUGAUACACCUGUGCCACCUGUGGACCCCAAGCGUUGGGGCUUUGGCACCACACAGCCCAGCCACGACGUGCGCUUCCGCUACCGCCUGCAGCCUACUGAGUGAGCUCUGCCAGGGUGGCUGCAAGCGUGGCCAGAGGGGCUCCCUUGGGGUCUCCACCUCCUCUUGUCCCUCUGAAGCCCCAGACCCCCACUGACCACCCGUCCUUCUGGUUCUGUGGCACCCCCACCUCUGUCCUGGUUGCCCUCCUUGCUCUCUGGCCUCCUUCUAGUCAUGUCACAGGCCUAUUAUUCUCUCUUUAAAACACCAUCUCUCACAGUGGGUUCUGUGGAACUCUUCUCUCCUAGGAAGUCGAGGGGAAGGGAAAUAUCUGUGGGCAACUCAGUUAGGGAGAUAACGCAUGCCUUGACAAGUCCUGUGGUACAGAAACUGGUUACUGUGAGAAACGCAGCAUCUUGCAAAUGUUAGCCUCCACCCUCCCAUCCCACCUUAUUUUUUUCCUCAACAACUAUUCCACAUCCUGCAGAAUUCAGCUUCUAGAACAGUCUCAUCCAAUAGCAAUAUGAGACAAGCCCUAGGUGUAAUUUUUAAUUUCAUAGUUGACAUGUUUUUUAAAAAGUAAAAACAAACAGGUGAAAUUCAUUUUAAUAAGUAUUUUACUUACUCCAAUAUAUCCAAAAUAUUAACAUUUCAACAUGUAAUCAAUACAAAGAUAUUAAUGAAAUGUCUUUACAUAUUUUUUUUGUAUUGUCUUCAAAAUCCGGUAUGUACUUUUUACCCUUGCAGGAUGUCUCAAUUCAGACUAGCCACAUUCUAAGUGCUCAGUUGCCAUGUGUGGCUCGUGGCUAGCAUAUUGAAUAGAGUAGGUCUAGAGAAAUGCUGCCCUUCGUGUAGGAGUUGUUCAAGGUCUCUCCUCAGUGCCUUCAUCUCCCCUCUGCACCCCACCUCCGGGUGAUCUCAACCCCUCUCUUGGUUUCCAUAACUAUUGCUAAGCCCAGAGCUGUCUCCUAACUCCAGACCCCCAAUUUCCUCAUGGGGGUCUCACAGCAUCUCUGACUCAGUUUGGGCCCAUGCAGAACUCAGCAGCAGCAUCUGUUCCCCCACCUCUGCCCUGAACCACCCCCUUCUCCUGAUUUCCCUGCCUCUCUCUCCUCAGGACAUCACCACUCCUCCCAUCCCCCAAGGCAGAUACCGUGGAGACACCCUCUCCUCCUCCCUGUCUCUCACCCUCAUAUAACCAGGCCCCAGCUAUGUCAGCUUAACCCUCUGUGGUGCCUCUGAAACAUGUCCCCCCGUCCCCACCCCACUGCCAUUCCUAUAGCUCAGAACUCAGCAUUUCUCUCCAUAUCAGUUCCCCCUGCUGCCAGAGAUCCUUUUCCAAAAGUGCCUCUGAUUGUCACUUUACUGGCUCCCCAUCACCUCCACACACCUGACAUUUAAGUUUUGCCACAGCUGGUCCCCAAAUUUUCAAUACAGGGCAGUUCACUUCCGCCAA